AUGUCUGACAGUGGGGAUAGUGAUGUUUCUUGGAUAUUCUAUAAGGAUCGACCAGAAUGGAGCGACCUUACUCCAGUGCCCGAGAACGAUGGUCCAAAACCUGUAGUCGUAAUUGCACAUUCUGAAAAAUUUGAAGACGUCUAUGACUAUUUCCGGGCCAUCCUACAAAAUAACGAAAAAUCUGAACGUGCUCUUCAAUUGACUAAAGAUGCGGUGGAACUCAAUCCAGCAAACUAUACUGUUUGGCAAUAUAGAAGAGACUUGUUGCAAGCAUUGGGUACAGAUUUAAAAUCUGAACUAGAUUAUGUAGAAGCAGUAAUAAAGCAGUCACCAAAAAAUUAUCAAGUGUGGCAUCAUAGACGAGUUCUUGUGGAAUGGCUCAAGGAUUCAAGUUUAGAGUUGGAACUGACGCGCGAUGCAUUGCUGCAGGAUCCUAAGAACUACCAUGCUUGGCAACACCGUCAAUGGGCAAUAAAAACGUUUGGCUUGUUUGAUAAAGAAAUGGAAUUUGUGGACAAUCUUAUAUCUGAAGAUGUUCGCAACAAUUCAGCGUGGAAUCAACGUUACUUUGUAAUGAACAAUCAUCACGGCUGGACUGAUAUGAAUGUACAAAAAGAAAUUUGUUAUACUUUAGAAAAAAUCAAGUUUGUGAAGAACAAUGAGAGUGCAUGGAAUUAUUUACGAGGUGUAUUAUUACAUGAUAAGAAAGGAAUAAGUGGUAACACUAUAGUCACAUCCUUUUGUGAAGAGUUAUAUCUGAACAAAUGUCGUUCACCUUAUCUAUUAGCAUUUCUAAUAGAUAUCUGUGAAGAAGCAAUUAAAAAGGAAGAGACAAAUUCUUUGUAUAACGCGCAAAGAGCCUUAGAGCUUUGUCAGUCUUUAGCAACGAAAUAUGAUAAAAUUAGAAGCAAGUACUGGAACUUUAUUGGUGAAAAGUUUCGUAAAUAUCAAAAAAGUGAAAAUAUAUAA